AGGACGUAUCACUUCAUGUCACGGGCAGCCGGUGUUACGUUGGAAUCCCUGUGGCCUGAACUCUCCACCGAGCACAAGAUUUCGAUCAAGACACAGCUGAACAGCAUAUUUCGCGCGUUGCGCAAGGAGCACGGCGGCAGACCAAAGUUUGGUGGUUUUGUAUCGGCCAUCUGCAAAGACACAAGGAGGAACCAACGGGUGAGCGAGCCCACGAUCCACACCGAGGCACAGUUCAACGACUUUCUGUGUGGCAAACCCGGGAGAGCUCCCACGGCCUGGAUCACCACGAUUCGGUCCGGGAUGCGAGAUGACCAUCGCUUGGUUAUGACGCACGGUGACCUUCAUCCUCGGAAUAUUAUGGUCCAGUGGGAGCGGGGUGCGGAGGACGGGGUCACUGGGAAGGGAGGUGAGAAGAAGAUCCGAGUAACCGCGCUCAUUGACUGGGAAAUGAGCGGUUGGUACCCGGAGUACUGGGAGUUCGUCAAAUCCUUGUCCACAAUCAAUACACGGGGGACGCUGUCCGAUUGGUUUGAAUAUCUCCCCACCGACGCAAUAAGAACAUGGCCAGUCGAGCUAUCCAUCGACUCACUCCUCGAACGCUGGCUCGGAUGA